AUAAGACACGAUAGCUAUUAGCUUUUGCCUUUUCGGCAACACCUUUCAGCGCCAGACGACAAGUAGUUUCCCUAAUGAAGAACUCUUUCUAGGAAAACAAUGGUAUCAAAUCCUUAAACCCUCCAAAUCGAGGGUUUAAUUCAAGCUUGGAACAAGAUUCAAUCAACCACCAAAAAAUAGCAGAACAAUGUCGGAUGCAGAACAAACAAAACUGCACCAAUUCCUUCUCUGGCUCCAGGCAAAUAAAGUUGAGCUACGAGGUUGUAAUAUCAAACACUGCGGUCCAAAUAAAGGGUUCGGCAUAUUUUCAUCAAAUAAUGUCAAUGAUGGGGUUUUGGUUGUUGUGCCACUGGAUUUGGCUAUAACUCCAAUGAGAGUUUUGCAAGAUCCUCUCAUUGGACCUGAAUGCAGAGCUAUGUUUGAAGAAGGAGAAGUGGAUGAUAGGUUCUUGAUCAUUUUGUUUCUCAUGUUGGAGCGACUUCGAAAGAGUUCUUCUUGGAAACCUUACCUUGAUAUGCUUCCUACAACUUUUGGGAAUCCACUUUGGUUUACUAAUGAAGAACUUUUGGAGCUUAAGGGGACGACUUUGUAUCGGGCAACUGAACUGCAGAAGAAAAAAUUGCUCUCUCUCUAUGAUGAAAAAGUAAAGGGGCUGAUGAAGAAACUUCUAAUUCUAGAUGGAGAUUCUGAAAGUGAGGUGCAGUUUGAAGAUUUCCUUUGGGCAAAUUCUUUAUUUUGGACUCGUGCUUUGAACAUCCCCCUUCCUCAUUCUUAUGUAUUUCCACAAGUUGAAGUGGAUCAAGACAACCACUGCUCAACUAACGUCUCAGAGCUCUUGAAUAAUGAUAUUUCUGAUGGAGACAUGGUCAAUGAAAUGAAAGAAAGAAGAUUUAAGGUUCAUGGUACUGAUAGCGGAGUCAAUGCAACAACUUCCUCAUCAGGUCAAGGGGAGACUCUCUGGGUAGAGGGUCUUGUCCCUGGCAUUGAUUUUUGCAAUCAUGGUUUGAAGCCUGCAGCAACAUGGGAGGUUGAUGGAACUGGCUCGGUCAGCGGAGUUCCCUUUUCUAUGUACCUUCAUUCUGCUGAACAAACUCCAUUCGAGAUCGAGAAAGAGAUUUCCAUUAGUUAUGGAAAUAAAGGCAAUGAGGAAUUACUUUACUUAUACGGAUUUGUGGUUGACAACAAUACAGAUGAUUAUCUCAUGGUUCAUUAUCCUGUAGAGGCAAUGCAAAAUGAUCCCUUGUCAGAAUCGAAAAUGCAAAUUCUGGAACCACAGAAAGCUGAAAUGCGGUGUAUUUUACCAAAAGCCUCGUUGGACCGUGGGUUUUUUUCAGCACGAACCUCAAAAGAUGACACCGAUAUUAAAACCAAAAGGGAAGUUUGCAACUUCAGUUGGAGUGGUCAGCGCCCAACACCCUCUUAUGUAGAUAAGUUGGUUUUCCCUGAGGAUUUUUUAACUUCAUUGAGGACCUUAGCCAUGCGGGAAGAUGAACUAUAUAGAGUUUCUUCAUUGCUUGAAGAGCUUUUAGGUUCUGAAGGGGAGAGACAACUGACUGAUUCAGAAGUUAGAGCGGCUGUAUGGGAGGUCUGUGGGGACUCUGGAGCUCUGCAAUUGCUCGUUGAUCUACUUCAAACCAAGUUGAUGAAUCUCGAAGAAGGUUCUGGAACAGAGGAUUGUGAUUCUGAGCUGCUGAAAAAGGCGCAGUACACCGAAAGCACAGAACAACAAGAAGCUUCUGAAAAUAAUUUAAGCAAUGACCCUGAGUCGAGGGGUGCAAUCUCAGUCCGGCCGAUGAGUAAAAACAGAAGGGCCUGUAUAGUUUACAGAAGAGGUCAAAAGGAGCUGACAAAAUUAUUCCUAAAAGAAGCAGAGCAUGCCUUGCAUUUAUCCUUGAGUGAAUCAAAUUGACUGGAUCUUUCAUUUUAUUCAACUUUUAAUCCCUAACCUUUAUUCAUUCCCUGCUUUUUUUGGAUUUUGUUUUGACAAGAAAUAAAAUUCUUUUGUUAGAACUACGAUCUGCUAUUAAAUUAUUUAGUUUCUGUUCUUUA